AUGGGCCAGCACACACAUACAGACACCUUUAACGAUGGACCUCCAGUUGUAGUUCAUUAUGAUAUAUCAGACACAAAUUCUGACCCAGAAGUGAUAAAUGUGGACAAUCUGUUGGCGGCUGCAGUAGUUCAAGAGCACAGUAAUUCUGUAGCAAACCAAGACUUGGGAUCUGGCUGGAGAACCAGAGGGCUGCUAGAUGAACUGAGUGCUAAUGCAGGUCAUUUGGAUCCAGGCCUUCUUGCAAGUGACAAAACCUCUUUGGGUAAUGCCCAGAUCAAUGAAGAAAUUAAUAUCACCUCUUCUGAUAGUGAAGUAGAGAUUGUUGGAGUUCAGGAACAUGCCAGGUGCGUGCACCCCAGGGGAGGUGUGAUUCAGAGUGUGUCUUCCUGGAAGCACGGCUCAGGCUCGCAGUACGUUAACACCCAGCAAACACAAUCAUGGACAGCUGUGACUCCCCAGCAGAAUUGGUCUUCACCCCCAGAAGUAGUAGACCUCACUUUGGAUGAGGAUACCAGACACAAAUAUCUACUGUAA